AUGACAUUUGCAGUUGAUGAAAUCAACAAAAGCCUACACCUUCUAUCAAAUGUCACCCUUGGAUUUAGGAUUUAUGAUUCCUGUGGAUUGGCUACAAGAGCUACUCAGGCCACCAUGCAGCUACUGACAGGUUUAAAUCUACAGAUCCCAAAUUACCGCUGUGUGAGGAAACCACUUCCUGCCAUAAUAGGCGAUGCUGCCUCAAGGAAUUCUAUUCCUAUAGCCCAGUUAGUCGGACUUUAUGGGCAGCCUCAGAUUAGUUAUGGUUCAACAGUGGCACUACUAAGCAAUAAGAAACAGUUUCCUUCAUUCCUUCGCACUGCUCCCAGUGACAAAUUCCAGUCUAUCGGCUUAGCCCAUCUGCUGAUAUAUUUUGGCUGGAACUGGGUUGGAAUCCUGGCUGAGGAAAGUGACUAUGGACAACAAGGCAGUCAAACAGUUAAAGAAGAGCUUCUCAAGUCAGGAGCUUGUAUUGCAUUCUUUGAGUCAAUUCCUGCAGUUUACAAUGAGAAAAAGAUCCAGAGAAUUAUUGACGUUAUCAAGGGAUCAUCUGCAAAUGCCAUUCUGGCAUUUUCAAGUGACGACAGUUUGAAUCCUGUCAUGGAAGGUAUAUCUGAGCAUAACAUUACUAAAAAGAUAUGGCUUGCUUCAGAUGGAUGGUGUUUUUCUCCCAUCUUUUCCAAUAAUAAUUUUAUUAAAACACUAAAUGGUACCAUUGGAUUUGUAUCCCAGAAAGGUGAGAUGCCUGACUUUAAAGAACACCUUAUGGAUGUUAACCCUUUUAAAACUCCAAAUGACAUAUUUGUGAAGGAGUUUUGGGAGGUGGCUUUUGGUUGUAAAUGGAUGCAACAUAAUUUGAGUUCACAUGUGAGAAACACAGUAACUGAAAAAACACUCUUUUGCUCUGGGAGUGAAAAGUUAAAUGAACUGAAUAACCCCUUCACCGAUGUCUCUUCCCUAACAACACCUUACAAUGUUUACCAAGCAGUACUUGUAACUGCACAAGCUUUAAAUGACAUGUUUUCAUGUUCUCCAGGUUAUGGCUUGCUGGAAAAUGGAUCAUGCCCUGGCAUACAUCACUUUGAACCCUGGCAGCUCUUGUCAUAUUUAAAGAAAGUACACUUCAGAAAUAAAGUUGGAGAAGAAAUAUUUUUUGACUUAAAUGGAGACCCACCAGCUGUUUAUGAUAUUCUGAACUGGCAAGUUAACCAGAAUGGGUUAUCAAGGUAUGUUGAGGUUGGACGAUAUGACACCAGUGCCAGGCCUGACCUUGUUAUCAGUGAACAUAAGAUUGUAUGGAAUGGAGGACACACUCAGGUCCCACAGUCUGUUUGCAGUGAGAGCUGCCACGCAGGAUACAGACGUUCUAACCUUCAAGGUCAACCCAAGUGUUGCUACACAUGCAUCUUAUGUCCAGAUGGAGAAAUUACCAACCAGAGUGAUUCCAGUACUUGUUGGAUGUGCCCAGAAGAGUAUUGGUCUAAUGCUGUCAGAAAUAAUUGUCUUCCAAGAUCUGUGGAAUUUCUGUCCUUUGACGAACCCCUAGGUAUCACUUUGACAUCUGCCUCCAUUAUUUGCACACUGAUUCCUGUGACAGCGUUAACCAUCUUUAUGAGACAUAGAGAAACUCCAGUUGUGAAAGCCAACAACCGCAACAUCAGUUUCCUUCUGCUGCUUGCUCUCACACUGUGCUUCCUCUGUUCUUUGAUGUUCAUAGGUCAUCCAAUGAGACUAACAUGCCUGCUGAAACAAGCCACCUUUGGCAUAGUCUUCACUCUCUGUGUAUCCUGUGUGCUGGCAAAAACUCUUAUGGUAGUAAUAGCCUUCAAUGCUACAAAACCAAACAGCUGCUUAAAGAAAUGGGUUGGACCUGCCCUGCCUAACAGUGUUGUACUUGUCUGCACCAUGUUUCAGAUUACUCUGUGCAUUCUCUGGUUAACUAUUUCUCCUCCCUUCCCAGUAAUGAACAGAAAUGUACAACAUGAUAAAAUAAUUAUUGAAUGUGAUGAGGGGUCAGGCAUUGCCUUUUGGUGUUUGCUGGGGUACAUGGGGCUUUUAGCCAGUGUCAGUUUUGUUGUUGCAUUCCUGGCUAGAAAACUACCAGAUACUUUUAAUGAGGCUCAGUUUAUCACAUUCAGCAUGUUGAUAUUUGUCAGUGUGUGGCUUUCCUUUAUUCCUGCCUAUUUGAGCACCAAAGGGAAGUAUAUGGUUGCAGUAGAAAUCUUUGCAAUCUUGUCUUCCAGUGCUGGGCUAUUCUCUUGUAUAUUCUUACCCAAAUGCUAUAUUAUUCUUCUGAGACCUGAGAUGAAUACUAGGGAAUAUCUCAUGGGGAAAGGGAAUAUUAACAUUUAG